AUGGAUUCACGCGAAUUGGUUGCAAAAUACCCAUUCUUGACUAAAGAUUAUUUGGAAGAUAUCUUACGUAAUGAGAAACGUGAUACUUGCGUAAUGGUUGAAGAUUACAGUGUCAAUAGGGCGCUCGGAAAGGGCGAAAACUUUUCAAGCGAUAUUUUACGAAUUAGAAUUGUUUAUAAACGUAAUCAUGAAAUAGACAGGGUUCAAAGUUAUAUUCUGAAAGUAGCAUUAGUGACGGAAGGUAUGGCAGCCAUGCUCGAGGAGUACGAUGUGUUUCACAGAGAAAUUAUAUUCUACAAGAAUAUUCUUCCAAAAAUUGAAGAGCUGCUAAAAAUGACAAACUAUCAGAAGAAGCUGGCCCCCAGUUGUCACAGAAUCAAUAUAAAUGAUCCCAAACAUUUUGUUUUUGAAGAUCUUGCUCAGGAUGGUUUCAAAGCAGCAAAUCGUAAAAUUGGACUUGACUAUCGGCAACUUGAACUAUUGCUCGAAAAAGUAGCUAAAUUUCACGCGACAACGUCUUUUAUCUAUCGCCAGAAUAAGGAUAUUAUGAAACACCACCAUUAUCGCAACGUAAACGAAGAGGUGCAUCAUUUCUACACUCUCUUUCGAAACAGCAUGGUAGUUUGUGCGGAGAUGGCGGAAACAUGGCCCACUACGUCGCCAACCAUCGCUAGAAAGUUGUACGAUUUAGAGCGAACGGUUAUCUCCAAAGCAUGCCAGGUUUAUACUGUGGAUGACUCUAGUUUCAACGUUUUGAAUCAUGGAGACCUUUGGGUCAACAACGUAAUGUACAAAUAUGAGGAGUCGGGCUCACCCACGGAAGCUAUAUUGGUAGAUUAUGCUAUUAGUUACUUCGGUUCUCCGGGGAUUGAUUUAAGUUUUCUGCUAUUCACUUCAUCGUCAAACGAAGUCUCGACCGAUGACUUUGAUUCGCUAGUACAGUACUACUACAAGCACUUGAUGGAACAUUUACAGUGUUUGGGAGUCUCAUCACAGGAAGUGCCGACAUUGUUGGAUAUUCAGAUGGAAGUGCUGCGGAAAGGGUUCAUUGGAGUUAUGUACUCGACGUUUCUAAUCCCUCUGCGGCUGAUUGAGGAUACCGCCAAUGCUGAUCUUGGGAACUUGCUUGGUUCGACCGAAGAGGCUAUGCAUUUCCGACGCCAACUUUUUAAGCAUCCGAAGUAUCAAGAAAGAAUGGAAUACUUGUUGAAUUAUUACGAUCGAAAAGGGUUUCUGGAUUGAAAUAAUUUGUCGUAUUCUAAUAUAAGUUUAGUCAAAUAAAAGGUUUUAUUUGCGUUUACUGGAAUAUUUGUAAUGUGAAUAAGGUCGUCAAAUGGAUUAAUAGCAUAGUGCUUACAUGUUUCCAAACUCUUGCGUCCAGGCGAGUUCAAAGGUUCGAACAGAAUGCUUCGUUAAUGACGCAGUGUCAUGCUAUGUUUGAAAAAUUUUAAAAGUAGAGUAGAAUGUGGUCAAAUGGGUAUGGGGGCACAAUAGGUAUAGGUAUUAUCUUUGCAAUGUUAUUACAGAGGUUGCUUGUG